AUGAGGGUCUCGACUGCGGCCUUUUGGGGCUGUCUUGCGUGGGGGCUUGCGCUGCUUCCGCACCCUUUGGGGACAAGAGCGGCGCAGAUUCCCUUUUCCGUCUCGACGCAGCCGCAGCAUGCGACUGCACCCGCGACGAAAUGGACACUUCCUCGCGGCAGCAACAACACGGCCGUCGUAUUCGACAAGUACAGCUUAGCGCUGGGCGCGGGUCAGCAGAGGCUCUUUGUGCUUGCGGCCGAGUUCCACCCGUGGCGUCUGCCCGUACCCAGCCUGUGGCGCGAUGUGCUGCAGAAGAUCCGCGCGGCGGGCUUCAACACGGUGUCGAUCUAUACGCACUGGGGACUCAUCCAGCCCUCGCCGGAUGCAGAGACGAUCGACCUGACGGGCGUCAAUGAUCUCGACUUCUUCCUCGCGCUCGCGAAAGAGGUAGGGCUGUUUGUGAUCGUGCGUCCGGGUCCGUACAUCAACGCCGAGACGACGGUGGGUGGCAUGGCACCUUGGACGGUGAAUCUGGAUGCGGUGCUGCGUACAAACGAUACUGCGUGGCGCGAGGCUUGGAGACCCUACAUCGACGCGAUCUCGCGCGUCGUCGUCAAGCACCAGCUUGUACACGACGCUUCGCGGCCUGACGAGCUGCAUGGCGGCAGCGUGAUCCUGGUCCAGGCGGACAAUGAGUACAAGACGGGCAAGGCCGAGCGCGCAUAUAUGAUGGAACUUGUCGCCGCGCUCAAGGAGAACGGCAUCACCGUGCCGAUCACGUACAAUGACCCUGGUCGCGAACAAAACUUUGUGGACCUGGUGGAUCUGUAUGGUCUCGACUCGUAUCCGCAGCGUUUCGACUGUUCGCAUCCCGAGACGUGGGUGCCGAUGCGCGACGACUACCUGCAGUACCACAUGGACACCAACCCGGACCAGCCGUUCUACAUCCCGGAGUUCCAGGCGGGCAGCUACGAUCCCUACGCCGGGCCGGGGUACGAGGCGUGUGCGCGCAUGACCAACGCCAGCUUUACGCGCGUCGCCAACCAGGCGCUCAUCGCACAGCGCGUCACGCUGCUCUCGCUAUACAUGGUGUAUGGCGGGACCAACUGGGGCGGACUCGCCGAGCCGGACGUGUAUAGCUCGUACGACUACGGCGCCGCGCUCAACGAGCAUCGCCAGCCCAACGACAAGUACGCUGAACUCAAGCGCCAGGCGGGCUUUAUCGCCGCCUUUCCGGAUCUGGCCAUGACGGAGCAGAUCGCCGACAAGCCCGGGCUCAAUAUCUCGCAGGUGGGUGAUCUCGACGACGAGGGUGUCAGCGUUGAUGCGGCGUCGAUCAGGACGACGGUGCUGGAGAAUCCGCAGACAAAGAGCAGGUUCUACGUGGUGCGGCACAACGAUACGUCCGUGUCGCGCCGCACGCGCUUUGCGCUCCACUUCGUCUCCCAGGGCAAGACUGAGGUGAUCGGCGCACGACAGGACGAAGAGGUGGAGAAGCGCAUUGGGGUCAACUUCCUUGCCGGGAGGGACAGCCAUAUUAUCCCCGUGGAUCAGCAGCUACCCGGCGGACUGGUGAUGCGCUGGUGCACCGCCAAUGUCAACCUCGUCACGACGAUCGGCGAUGCGCUGCUCAUCUCGCUCGACUGGACGCCCGGCCAGCUGGUCGAGUAUUCACUCGCGACAAGCGAAGACGAUUACAUCGAAAGCAUGCACCUCUUGCGUGUAUCCGAAGCCGGGAUUCAAGAGAUUCAGAACGGCGAGUGGGACACGUUCGUCGCCAUGCAUUCUGACAUUCAGUCGGAUCCGACGAACAUUCGAGCGCGCAUGUCGAGUGGCGAAGCGAACGACCGCUACGUAGUGUAUCGCACGGCCAAGGCGGCGUGGAUCAUCAUCAUGUUCAGCGAGACCGCACUUACUAGCGGCCUCUUCUCGGUACCUGCGCGCUACACGUCGGGCCGCGCCGGGCUGUCGCUGCAUCGCCCUGAUUCCGGCCUCGUGUCUCGCUUCUUCGGGCACAGCGAGGACAGCGUAGUGGUGAUGCACGUCGACAUGCUGCGCAACGCGACGUACGCCUCGACCGAUUCGCCGCUCGAUACGCUGUACCUGUGCGGUUCGCUGUCCCACGAGAGUCACACGGCACUCAACGCGCUGCCGGACCUCAAGUACGUCUACUGGAACGGCGAGCGCAUCGAUGCGCAGGCGGACGAGGUCAGUCGUCGGUUCUACCGCAUCCACCUACCCGGUCCGUCUCGGGCCGCACUGGAAUGGUCUCCACCGCGGUCGGACCAGCUCGAUUGGAGGUGGCGCGACUCGAUGCCCGAAGCUUCCGCUGCGUUUGACGACAGCACGUGGGUGCAGGCGAACAAGACCCAGUCUGCCAACCCGUACACGCGCGAUCCCUCGCUCGACACGCAAGGCGCGAUUCUGUUUGCGAGCGAAUACGGUUUCCAUGCGAACAACAUCGUAUGGCGAGGACGUUUUGCCACGCCCGACCACACGCAAGAUGCGCCAUGCGACGUGCACGUCCGAGUGGAAGGCGGACGCUCAUCGGCAUUCAGCGUGUGGUUCAACGGCGUGUAUCUCGGCAGCGCUGCGGCGGAUCGAGAAAAGUCGGCUGCGGGUGCAACGUUCUCGCUUCCUAGCAAUGCACUGCAGACCUCGGGGGACAACGUGCUGACGGUGCUCCAGGACCACAUGGGCAUCGAGAUGGAGGCCGGCGAGCUGCCGAUCGGCCUCCAAGAGCAGCGCGGGCUGGAAGCCGUCAAGCUGCCGCGCGGCAUUGUGGCAUUCAACUUCCCCUCGCUCCGUACCGCCUCGCGCCCCGAGCCGAAAGUGACGUGGAGAGUGCAGGGCAAUCUGGGCGGCGAGCAGGCGCGCGACACGGUGCGUCGUAGUCUCAACGAAGGCGGCCUGCACGCCGAAGUGCAAGGCUGGCAUCUACCCGGCUACGACGCCUCCACCUGGCACAACACACUCACGCACCAGAGGGGCAGAGUCACAAUGUACCGAACCUCCUUCAAGCUCAAUGGGCCGCAAGAUUCGGAUGUCGGCGUCAGCUUCGUGUUCGCCACCUUGCCCGGGGUGGAGUUGCGUGCACAGCUGUACGUCAAUGGCUGGCAGAUGGGCAAGUUCGUCAAUGCGCUCGGUCCUCAGACCGUGUUUCCCGUGCACAGCGGCGUGCUCAACCACAGAGGUGACAAUAUCCUCGCCGUCAGCGUGUGGAUGUUGGGUGACGCCGAGCAGGAGGUGCCCACAUGGGAUCCCAGGUCGCAUCUCAAGAUCGACGUCGCGCAUCGAGUCAGUGGCGAGCCUCGUGACGGGUACGUCCUCGAUGCACCGGGUUGGAAGCAGCUUCGUGCCUAG